AUGCUGUCAAGACUUGUAAAACGCACAAUAAGCAUUUCAGCAUUUAGAGGAUAUAUCGCAAAUCCAGAACUCGCAAAAUAUAUAAUUUCUCCUCCCUAUGAUGUCCUUGACAGCAAUGAAGCUCGAAUUAUGGCUCAAAAUAACAAAUGUUCAUUUCUGCGUGUCAAUAAGCCAGAAAUCGAGCUGAGUCCUGAAACUGAUCCAUACUCUGAAGCUGUUUACUUAAAAGGAUAUGAAAAUUUACAAAAAUUCAUAAGAAGAGGAUGACUUAUCAGAGAGCCUGUAAGGCGACUGUAUAUUUAUGAAUUAACGAUGAACUCAAGAACCCAAAUCGGAAUUGUAUCAGAGUCCUCAAUUGAUGACUACUCUAACAAUUUAUUCUAAUUUCCCAUGGAUGGCGUUAUUAUUUUGGCCUUGAUUUUCCCACUGGAAAAAUUUUUUGGUUUGACCAAACCAUAUGGUACUGGUCGAACCAAAAAAAUUUUUCCAGUGGGAAAAUCAAGGCCAAAAAACAGUGCCAUCCACAGUAAAUUGCAAUAAUUAAAAAGCAUGAACUCACAAGAGCCAAAAAGGAACAAGACAGAACUAAAUUGACUGAAACGCAGAAGGCUAAUGUAGGACCUGUUUUUCUUACUUAUAAAGCAAAAGCUGAAAUCGAUAAUAUUGUACAGCAGAUUAUACAAAAGAAACCGCAUAUUGAUGUAACCACAAAUGAUGAGGUAAGGCACAGGCUUUGAAAGUGCAAUACAGGAGAAAACAGAAAGAUAAUAGAUGAGUUUAAGCUGAUUGACAAGUGCUAUAUUGCUGAUGGGCAUCAUAGAGCAGCUUCUGCUUAUAAUGUGGCAAGAAAAUUCAAAGAUCAAGCUAUUAAAGAAGGAAAAGACAUUACAGGUGAUGAAGAUUUCAAUAGCUUUUCGGGUGAUUUUUUGGAUGGCAAAAUUUUGCAAAAAAACCGCAAUUUUUUUGGAAAAAAGGGCAAAUUUUCCAAUAAAAAAAAUUGUUAUUUUUUGCAAAUUUUUUUUUAUAUUAAAAAUUCGUCCAGCUUUUUGUCGAUUCAUUUCCCUCACAAUCAGCUCAAAAUUUAUGAUUAUAAUCGUGUUGUUAAAGAUCUUGGAGGGAAAUCAAGUAAAACCCUGAUUUCUGAGCUUUCAAGUAGCUUUGAAGUGUCUGAAAUCAUUGACCCCAAGCCUCAGAGAAAGCACAUGUUCUCGAUGUUUCUUGAAGGGAAAUGGUGGGGACUAAGGCUAAAGGCAGAAGUAAAUGAGCAGAAUCCAAUAGAGAGGCUUGACUCUCAAAUUCUGACAAAUUUAUGCUUGAAACCAAUUUUAGGAAUUGAUGAUCUUACGAAGAGCGACAGAAUUGACUUUGUAGGAGGGAUCAGAGGUUUGAAAGAGCUUGAGAAAAGGUGUCAUGAAGAUUGCCAAGUGGCAUUUGCGCUUUAUCCAGUUGAUGUUGAAGAGGUGAUGGCUGUGGCAGAUGCAGGGUUAAUUAUGCCUCCAAAGUCGACCUGGUUUGAACCAAAACCAAGGUCAGGACUUGUUGUUAGAGUGUUUGACUCCAAAUAG